AUGAUGGGGAGGAAGGCCCUGGACUACGAGGAGCUCAACGAGAACGUCAAGAAGGUGCAGUACGCCGUGCGCGGGGAGCUCUACCUCCGCGCCUCCGAGCUCCAGAAGGAGGGCAAGAGGAUCAUCUUCACCAACGUCGGCAACCCGCACGCCCUCGGCCAGAAGCCACUCACCUUCCCCCGCCAGGUGGUGGCGCUCUGCCAGGCUCCAUUUCUGCUCGAUGAUCCCAACGUCGGCCUCAUCUUCCCCGCCGAUGCCAUCGCGAGGGCCAAGCACUACCUCUCCCUCGCACCCGGCGGUUUAGGUGCUUACAGUGACUCCCGAGGUAUCCCUGGGGUUAGGCAGGAAGUUGCCGAGUUCAUUCAGAGGCGUGAUGGGUAUCCAAGUGAUCCAGAGCUUAUCUACCUCACUGAUGGUGCCAGCAAAGGUGUGAUGCAAAUGCUCAACGCCAUUAUCAGAAACGAGAGGGACGGGAUUUUGGUCCCUGUUCCACAAUACCCGCUUUAUUCUGCUGCUAUUUCCCUCUUUGGUGGUUCUCUUGUCCCGUAUUAUUUGGAAGAAGAGGCUAACUGGGGACUUGAUCUUGUCAGUACCCGGCAAUCAGUUGCAGAAGCACGGUCAAAGGGAAUCACUGUUCGAGCAAUGGUGAUAAUAAACCCAGGAAACCCUACUGGUCAAUGCCUAAGUGAAGCAAAUAUUAGGGAACUUUUGAACUUCUGCUAUCAGGAAAACUUGGUUCUGCUUGCAGAUGAAGUUUAUCAACAGAAUGUUUAUCAAGAUGAGCGUCCGUUUAUAAGUGCAAGAAAGGUUAUGUUUGACAUGGGUCCUCCAGUAAGCAGGGAAGUUCAGCUGAUUUCUUUCCAUACUGUGUCCAAAGGAUAUUGGGGAGAGUGUGGACAGCGUGGUGGGUACUUUGAAAUGACAAAUAUUCCUCCCAAGAUGGGGCUUAUGGUGAACCCUCCUAAACCUGGAGACAUCUCGUACCUGAAGUAUUCUGCUGAAAGUAAGUCUAUCCUUGAAUCUUUGAGGAGGAGGGCACAAAUAAUGACAGACGGUUUCAAUAGUUGCCGAAAUGUUGUCUGCAAUUUCACAGAAGGAGCUAUGUAUUCUUUCCCGCAAAUACGCCUGCCGCAAAGAGCUAUGGAUGUAGCCAAAAGCGCUGGCAAAGCGCCUGAUGUUUACUACUGCCUCAAGCUUCUGGAAGCCACUGGAAUUUCCACUGUUCCAGGCUCAGGUUUUGGUCAGAAAGAAGGGGUGUUCCAUCUGAGGACGACGAUCCUGCCCGCGGAGGAGGACAUGCCGGCGAUCAUGUCGAGCUUCAAGAAGUUCAACGACUCAUUCAUGGAGCAAUACCAGGACCACUCGAGGCUGUGA